CGCCCUCCCAGCUCCCCCACCAGUGCACGAGUUUACCUCUAGAGGUCAUCAGGCAGGAUUUACGACUGGACAACAAAAGCACGUGAUUUGAAGCCGUACCCCAUAUUUGGGUGCCUACGUAGGAGGGAACCAAGUACAUGUCCCAGUCAUUUCCAUAAUUCAUCAUAAAUUGUGCAAGGGUGCUAUAGACGCACAAAACGACCAAGAGCCACAAAUCAAGCACACAUAUCAAAAAACAAAUGAGCUCUUAUUUUGUAAACUCAUUUUGCGGUCGCUAUCCAAAUGGCCCGGACUACCAGUUACAUAAUUAUGGAGAUCACAGCUCGGUGAGCGAGCAAUACAGGGACUCCGCCAACAUGCACUCCGGCAGGUACGGAUACGGCUACAAUGGCAUGGACCUCAGCGUCGGGCGCUCUGCUUCCACCCACUUUGGUGCCAAUGAGAGACCCCGCAGUUACCCGGCCAACACCACCUCUGCCUCGACAGAGCCCAGGUACAACCAGCCCGCGACGUCUUCCCACUCGCCUCCCCCUGACCCUCUGCCCUGCACCGCCGUGGCCGGUUCGCCUGUCAGCGAGAGUCACCACGGGGUGAAAAACUCCCUCGCCAACUCCACCAGCACUUCGUCCAAUUCCAGCAGCAACACGCACAUCAGCAGGGACGGGGUUGGCACCUCGUCUGGGACUGAGGAAGACACUCCAGCAAGCAGCGAGCAGGCAAGUGCCCCGACCGACCAAAGCACAGCCCAGCCUUCACAGCCCCAGAUCUACCCCUGGAUGCGAAAACUGCACAUAAGUCAUGACAACAUAGGGGGACCAGAAGGGAAAAGGGCUCGGACUGCUUACACCCGAUAUCAGACCUUGGAGCUGGAAAAAGAAUUUCACUUCAAUAGAUACCUGACCCGCAGAAGAAGGAUUGAAAUAGCACAUGCUCUUUGCCUCUCAGAGAGACAAAUAAAGAUCUGGUUCCAAAACAGGAGAAUGAAAUGGAAAAAGGAUAAUAAGCUGAAAAGUAUGAGCAUGGCAGCUGCAGGAGGGGCAUUCCGUCCCUAAGCAUUUGAUCAAUUAAAAGUACUGAGCAGUAUUAGCUGACCCUGCGUCUCAUGUCAGUACUAAGUUGACUUUCUAAAACUUCCUUGUGUUACUUCUGUGAAGAAACCCUGUUCUUGUCGCCCUUAUUCAUCUUUUAAUCAUGAGCCUGUUUAUUACCAUUCUCUCGCGUGUAUAAGUAGAUCUGCUUUUAUCGUACAUUUCUUUGUCUUGAAUGGCUUUGUCUUGAAAAAAAUAAUAGAUGUUUUAACUUAUUUAUAUGAAGCGAGAUGUGUUACUUGAAGUAACUGUUAAAAAAAGCAAAACAAAAAAGAAAAAAAAAAAGGAAAAAAGAGAGAGAGAAAGAAACCCUCCCCCGGUUUAGUACAAAUGUUAUGUGUUGCACUCAACCUGCUUAACUGUGCAUGUGUGGUCAAGUGUUAAUGUCUGUAUAGCUCCAAGCUGUUAAAAAUAUUUUUAUUCAAACUACCUAUAUAAUUCCUGUGUAAUUAAUGCUGUUGUAGAGGUGAAAUGAUGAAAUCAACUGAACUUGUCCUACGUGUAGUGAAUAGUGAAUCUGUGACGAAAACUGUGAUUCCAAGCAGUAUGUCCUUGCUGUGCCUUUGUAUAUGACUCUUUGCACGAACUCUUAGAAGUGGCUCUUAUUAAGCGCAGCUUCUGUGAUGUAUGUUUUUUUUUGUGAACAAAGUUACAAAUAUAGUCAAAGUCUGGCUGUUUGAGCAAACUGUGAUCAGCUUUUUUUUUUUUUUUGUAUUUGUUUUUAAAAAAACUGACUGGAAAUCAACAAAAAAAAUAAA